AUGGCAACGUGGGCAGUUCGAGCAGAGGGGUCAGUGCACAUUGUGCUCCCUGCAGUUGGGCUUGGUAUGCGGCAUUGGAGAAGAUGGGGCGAGGACGGGAGUUGUGGAGGGCAUCGAGGGCAACGUCAAGGGGAUGAUGAGGACGCUGCUGGCAGUGCCAAGCGUGGGAGUGCACACGACAAGGCAUCGCCUGUUAGCGCGUCUGUGCUGGCACUCUCCUCUCAGUCCUCUCAGUCCUCUCAGUCCUCCCCGUCUUUUUGUCCUGGUGCAACAUCUUCAAGGAGCACUCGAACACGCCCCUCACCUGCCAUGGCGAGCUGUCUUGUGCGGCUGUGCUCUGCGGCCGUUGUCGCCGUCUCAUAUAUCGCCCACUUGCCCACUACAAACUCGGGCUUCUGCGUUGUUGAUGCACCCACCUGUAAUCCCAGCCAGGCAAUGGCACGACUCGGUGUGAGGAUUGCCCCGCGGGGCAGUUCUCAUUGGAGGCUGCUCCAGCUUUUACUCCGACCACGUAAGCACAGGCAGCUGCUCGCAGUGCUUGACACCUGGCGCGUACUCCGUCGUUGGCACGACCUCCUCGUCGCUCCUGGCCCACUUGCUUGCCUGGUUUGGCAGCAUCUGGAAGCUCGCCAACGGCUGCACGAUGGGCUUCCUGUCGCCCUCCCUUUGCACUGGCGUGAGGACCUCAGGGCCCACACGCGGUAUCACCAGCACGAAGCCACCGUGGUCGCCGAGCGUGGCAUAUGCGAGCCGCUGUGUGUUCUCCAUCCCGAUUGCGUCGUACGCGAAGAACACUGGUGCGCUCGAUGCGGCGGCAAAAACCGUGGUGAGGAGCUCGGGAAUGGGGAGUGCGUGGUCGAUGACGUGUGUCGAGGGACUGGAGGAACGUGGCAUGCGACGCUUGCCUGUGUUGUUCUUACCUCGCCCACCUUGUCUGCCUCGCUCACGUUGAUGAACUCUGAGUAA